UUAUCUUGUGUUUCUAGUAUCUUUGCUUCAGUUAAAAUUAUUUUGCUUUGUAGUUCUUGGAUGCGCCAUUCGGUAAAUAUCGAGAACCACUAGGUACUCGUGUGUCAAUCACAAUAUUCAUUUAAAUCCAUAGAUUAAACCUUAUGUAACACGUGACACUUUUAAUAAUGAAAAUCAGUUAUUAGUGAAUUCUUAUGAUUGACGCCUAAGUAUAUGGAACUGACACUAUAUUAGAUAUUAUUGUUUGCUUUAAGUGGCUUUAUUUACAAAGCCAAAGCUUUAUUAGCCGUUGGUCAAGAUUUUCAUGUGUAUAUGCGGUCUGUCCUUUUACCGUAAGCAUGUUUCUAGAAUCAGUGUAGACCAAUGUAUCGAAAUGGAGAAUAACAUGACGGACGCUUCAGGUGGGACGCCCACUGUUGAGAUUAUGAAUGUAAUCAUUUGUUUAUUUGGAAUAUUCGGUUUUCUUGGUAACAUUUUUGUUGUUGCAGUAAUCGUAAAAUGUCCUGCACUUCGCACUUACAGCAAUUAUCUCACUGCUAGUCUUGCAAUUGUCGAUUAUAUAUCCAGUAUGAUAUUAGUAAUGACGCUAAUUUUAACGAGAAGUCCGUUGUUGUUUAAAAUAAUGAUGUAUCUUACUGUUACAUCGUUGACUCAUCUUUUGGCGAUGUCUGUAGACAAAUACUUGUUGAUAACUCGGCCAUUUUCUUUUCAGACAAUUAAAAAGAUUAUGCUUUUUAUAUGCCUUGCUUGGGCAAUUCCUUUAAUAACUUUGGCCGAUGUACCAAACUUAAUUACAGACAUAAUUAUUGUAGUAUGUAAAAACACAGGGUUCUCUUUGACUAUAAUCACGAUACUUCAUCAAACAAUUUGUCUGGUAAUCUAUUUUACAAUUAUUGCGUUAAAUUUUCGAAUAUAUAUUACAGCUCGAAAGCAAUUUCGACAGAUAAAUGAUGCUGUUCCUGGUCAUAUUAGACAGGCUAAAACCAACUCUGUGACAUGGAAAGCAACUAAAACAACAAUGAUUGUUAUUGGUGCAUUUAUGGUAUGUUCGACACCAUAUUUUGCAUUUAUUAUGCUUUCAUCAUUUUGCUGCGAAUUACCAGACCUACUUGAAUAUGUGUUGUAUCCAGCAAUGUCAGUUGGUCCAGUCUUGAAUCCAGUCAUAUACACCAUCCGACGACAGGAGUUUCAAAACGCAGCAAGAAAUGUUAUCAGAAAAAUAAAAAACCAAUUUUAAUUGGAAAGUAAGAAAUACUCUACAGUAUGUAUUUAUUACUCGAUUAUAAUCAAAUAUUUCUGUUUUGAUGUACCUGUUCGCUCAGCCAUAGAUUCUCCAACGGAUCCUUAGAUACACGUUUUUCAACGGGCAAAGCUACUGGCAGUCUUUGUGCUGGCCUGGAACCCAAGUUACCAAAAUGUAAUAUAAUGUCUCGUGACACGUGUGAACAAUGUGAAUUUGUUAUUGCUGCUCUCAUAACUGAUGUUCAAUUUAGAUCAUUGACGUAAUUGACAUAUUGAUUGGCUUCAAUAUGUGUUGUUUGUAGCAAUAACAGUUGGUCCAGUCGUUAAUCCAGUCAUAUACACCAUCCGACGACAAGAGUUUCAAAACGUAGGAAUUAAGAAAUGUAUCAGAAAAUCAAAAUUGAAUGACGUAAUUGACAUAUUGAUUGGAUUCUACCAACUUAAAGCUUU